AUGUACGUGGGUUAUCUUUUGGAUAAGGACAACAAUAUGUACCCCAACCCAGUCAGGCACCCUGGCUUGAAUAUAAACCCUCAAAAUUAUGUUCCUGCACCUCCCCAGUAUCCUGAAUUUGCAAGCUACCACCAUGUACCUGGGAUUAACAGCGACCCCCAUCAUGGGCAGCCUGCUAGCACCUGGAGCUCCCCUUAUGGACCCAGCAGAGAAGAAUGGCACUCUUAUGGACCAGGGCCAACAUCCUCUGCAAAUAACCCGACUCAGAUUGGAUUCAGCCCCACAGACUUUAACCCAGUGCAACCCCCAGGGUCUGGACUUCUGCCCCCUACUCUUAACAGCUCAGUCCCCCCCUUAUCUCCAAAUGCGCAAAGGCGCAACCCAUAUGAAUGGAUGAGGCGCAGUGGAGUCCCCACUACUAACACAAGCAAUGGAAAGACCAGAACAAAAGACAAAUACCGAGUUGUGUACACAGACCAUCAGCGCCUUGAACUGGAGAAAGAAUUUCACUACAGUCGCUACAUUACUAUACGCAGGAAGGCAGAGUUAGCGGCAACCCUUUCACUCACAGAGAGACAGGUAAAAAUUUGGUUUCAAAAUCGAAGAGCAAAAGAGAGGAAGGUGAACAAGAAGAAGAUGCAACAGCAGAGCCAGCAGGCUACAACCACAACUCCUACUCCUCCGUCAGUAGGCACCACAGCUGGCAUGGGGGGCAUUUGCAGUAGCAGCAACAGCAACAUGGUAUCUCAAUCGGUACUGACUAUCAAGGAAGAGUAUCUUCCGUAA